GAGGACCUCUUAGUUCAGAUUCAGAAGCAACUUUUAAUUUGGACACUUCUCAAGUUUUCUCAUUUUCUCUCUCCUUAUCUUUCACACUUAACUAAUCAUAUUUUUUUUUAUCCGGUGUUCGAUAUUCGUAUUAGAGUUCAUCUAUGAGGAUUUGCAACGUGUAGGACCCAUUUGAGGGGAAACACAAGUUUAUUAUACUAGAGCUCGAAUCUUCUGAUUGAGAGAGAAGGAGUCUCAUCUGCUACGCCAAGUGGUUGUAAUCAUAUUAAUUGCCCUUCAAAAAGUUGCCUUUUUACUCCAUAUAACUGCUUUCUACAAAUUGUACUGAGCAAUCAAUGCUAAUAACCCUUUUCCUCAGUUGUACUCUUUCAUUACGUGAAUACAUUUUACAGCAUAUAUUUAUACUGUUUUGCAAAUAAUUUAUAUGGAGUAGUACUAUUUUAUCACUUUCUUUUAUAUAGAUUUUGGCUCUUAAAUGUAUAAACGCCAAACCCCAUUUUAGUUUACCCUUCUUUUUCUUGAUUCAUUUUUGGCAUUCUCGCUUUCAUACACUCUUUCUCUUGACCAUUAAUGGUACCAAGUUCUUGAAUCACUGAAAGUUGGAUUCUUUGUUGGAUUAACCCAUUAAAGAACUGUACUUUUGGUAGUAAAUCUCAAUAGGGUUACAUUGACCAUAUUCCCUUCAUUUUAUUAACUAUUCUUGGUAGCAAAGAUUUGAUUUUUGAUCUGUUUGAGUUGGUUUUUUCCUUUCUGUUUUACUUGUGUGAUUGAACCCUUCUUGAAGAACCAACUUCAUAUAUGUGGGUGUGAAAGUUGUUAGCUGUAAUUUUUCUUCUUAAUCUGUAAAUUGGGAGAAAGAAAGAAAGCCCUUUUGCUAGAUUUCCUUUGUGAAAUCUUGAAGUUCUUGAAUUUGGUGUUUUUUACCUGGUAAUGCUUAUUGAAGAUUUGGGGUAUGGCUACUUUAGUACCUGGUGUUUUAUUGAAGCUUCUUCAGCAUAUGAACACAGAUGUGAAAGUUGCUGGUGAGCACAGGUCAUCUUUAUUACAAGUGGUUAGCAUUGUGCCAGCAUUAGCAGGUGGUGAGCUUUUUCCAAACCAAGGUUUUUACCUAAAGGUAUCAGAUUCUUCUCAUGCCACUUAUGUAUCUUUGCCUGAUGAACAUGAUGAUCUUAUUUUAAGUGAUAAGAUUCAAUUAGGUCAGUUUAUUCAUGUUGAAAGGCUUGAAGCUGCCUCACCUGUGCCUAUCCUUAGAGGGGUUAGGCCGGUCCCCGGUCGACACCCUUGUGUUGGUACUCCUGAAGAUAUAGUAGCAACUCAUUCUUUAGGGUUCCUCAAUAACAAUGGAGAUAAAACUAGGUCACCCUCAAAAGCAUUAGGCAAUAGUCAUGGUGGGGUGAAAGACAGUAAAGCUGCAGUUUCUAGAUCAAAUACUAGUGGUACCAAAGAGGAAAAAGUGGAAAAGAAGAAGCCUAUUUUGACUUGGUCGAAGUCUCACCUGUCGAAGUUAGCAUUAAAUGUAUCUGAAAAGAAGGAUUCCAUAACGAGAGUGAAAUCUUCUGGUAGCUCAAGAUCAAUACCGACUUCGCCUACAAGUUGUUAUUCAUUACCAACGUCUUUUGAGAAGUUUUCGAAUGGGGUUAAGCAACAAGCAAAGGUUAAGGGCUUGGAUCGAUUGGAGAAAGCAACAACUAAACCUGGAUUGGAGAAGUCAAGUUCUAUUCGAGGGGCGAGUCCAACACCGAAAAGAGUGAUGGGUGGGAAUCCGUUGAAGAAUUAUCUUCAAGGGCUUGAAUUGGAGCCUAAAGCCUUGAGGAAAAGCUGGGAAGGGAAUAUGGAUUUGAAGAGUAGAGAGAGUCCCAGAUUGAGGGUCAGCAAGCAUGAUUUGAAGCCUGAACCGAGGAGCACGUCUGUUCCAAGAAAAUCAAUCAGUGAAAAAUUGACAAGUAAAGAAGAUAACCGGGGAAUACUUGCAAAAUCAUCCAAAGAGGAAAUUAAGGCUCAUACAUCGCUAAAGAAGACUUCCACAAACGGAGAGCCUGUUGAUGCUGAUAAAUCAAGUAAGCAGAAAACAUCCAAGGGAAAAAAGCUACCCGGGGAGGCCAAUAAUGGCUUACAAGACUUGGUCAAAGUUGCUGUUAGUAAUAGAAUUUUAGCAGAUGGAAAUGUUGCCUGGUCUUCACUCCCAUCCUCUCUUGCAAAGAUUGGAAAGGAAGUCAUGAGGCACAGAGAUGCUGCACAGAUAGCAGCCAUUGAGGCUAUGCAGGUGGCUUCGGCUACUGAAAGCUUACUCAGAUGUCUAAGCACAUAUUCUGAGUUGAGCUCCUCGGCAAAGGAAGAUAAUGCACAGCCUGCUGUUGAGCAAUUCUUGGCGCUGCAUGCGAGUUUGAAGAAUGUACACCUUGUUGGUGAUACUUUAUCCAAGACCAUCUCAGCUGCUGGUUCAGAAUCAGAUCAGGAAGAAACCCCAUCUGAAGAAGCACUCAAGGCUGUUUCAGAAAAACGGAAACAAGCAACUCUAUGGGUCAAUGCUGCAUUGGCUACCAAUCUGUCAUCAUUCUCAGUGUAUAGUAAAAAAGCAACUUCAAGUCCAACUGCUCCUUCAGCUCCCUUGCCAAGCUCAAAGACUAAUGCUUUAAAUCAACCUAUGCUAGUCCUUGACAACUCAACCAAAAAUACACUUGCAAAAACUCAACCCAAACCCCGCCCGACAGUCAGUUCUAAGAUUCAGUCAGGAUCUCAACGGCGCUUAACAGAUGGGGUAUCUGCUAAUCAGAAGCCCAAAUCUCCCCCUCCAGCGGAUUGGGUCAAAGGAGAUGGUCUUGAAGAGGCCGUUGACUUAGCUGAGAUGUUGCGAGUGGCGUCCCAAGAUUGGUUCCUGGGAUUUGUAGAAAGAUUCUUGGAUGCUGAUGUGGAUGCCUCAGCUUUAUCAGAUAAUGGUCAAAUAGCCGGCAUGUUAUCCCAGCUGAAGAGUGUGAACGACUGGUUAGAUGAGAUUGGAUCUAGCAAGGAUGAUGAAAGUCCCAAAAUUGAUUCUGAGACCAUCGAUAGGAUAAGAAAGAAGAUCUAUGAAUAUCUUCUCACUCAUGUGGAAUCUGCUGCAGCAGCUCUUGGUGGUGGUGGUGGUGGCAGCUCACAAGUGUCACCAACAAUAGAAACCAAAACAAGAAAAUGAGUUUGAUUGCAUAAUGCAUACUACUAGCAACUCACCUUUCAUAUGUGAAGCAUGCUCCAAUAGCCCUUCAACCGCUAAGUGGUUAAAAGAGCUGAAAGUUUUAGGAUGUGUACAGAUUCUAAAAUUGGUUGAGUUAGAGUAGUUUAGUAAAUAUAUUGUGCAGACAGGGAGUUACAUGAAGUUCAAGAUUUCCUUUCUUCUUUACCCGGAAACCUUUUCUUAUAAAUUAUGAAUAGCUUAAAUUCUUGAGUAUAUACUGAUGUGAUGUUCUGGGGAAAAGGGAAGAUGUCCUUUCUCCUUACCUUGAACGAGUGACUAUGAACUUGUUACUGAAAUUAACCUUAUAGUUCAUUAUAACA